UUGCGCGGCAGGCGGCGCACGAGUUGGUCGUUUCGGUAGCGCAAGGUAAAAUGUUUUCGCAUUUCGACACGCGCCGCGCCUCACCGCGUUCGUUUCACCGAUAACAUCUGCAAAUCCGAUACUGAAGUGUGAUAGCGACAGUGCCGUUCCACAUUCGUUUUUUUCGUAACGUGACAAUUUGUUGACCAUGUGAUUUGUGUGCGAAACACUGAAGCCGCUCCUGUCUUAACAAAAAGAACACAUAGAUAUUCCGGGAAUGCACACAUGUGGUCGCCGGCUAACAGCGGGUGCGUUUGUUGAAGUUCUGUCACGAUGCCGCGUAGGAAUAAAUGGAUGCAUCUGGUGGCUGGAGUCGUGGCCGGCGUCACGCUCGGGGUGUUCCUUAAAUUAUGUUUAAGGACUUCUUCGAGGACGUCCAUCGAGACUUGCCCGGAUGCGGCUAAGUUAUACGUUCCUCCCGACCCAUUAGCGGUCAUAGGGUUAACGUCAGAUGAAACCAUACAGAAUUCCAACCGGACCUUAGUGUUUGUGGGUGUGAUGACAGCAGAACAAUAUUUAAAUACGAGAGCGAAAGCUGUUUUUGAGACUUGGGCUCAGGACUUGCCCGGGCGGAUAGCUUUCUUUAGUUCAGAAGUGUCUCGAGCGCCCGGUUUGCCACUGAUUCCACUGCGGACCGUGGACGACAGUUACCCUCCACAGAAGAAAUCUUUUCUUAUGUUACUGUACAUGUAUGAGAAUUACGGUGAAAAAUUUGAAUGGUUCAUGCGCGCAGACGACGACGUUUACGUCAGAGGUGACAAAUUAGGAGAGUUUUUGAGGUCAGUGGACAGUCGGAAGCCGCAAUUUAUCGGGCAGGCGGGAAGGGGCACUAGCGCGGAGCGGGAUGCCCUAGCACUGGACUACAACGAAAACUUUUGUAUGGGCGGACCGGGUGUGCUUAUAUCAAAGGAGACCUUGAGGAGAGUCGCCCCUCACGUCAAGUAUUGCUUGAAGCACCUCUACACGACUCACGAAGACGUCGAACUGGGGAGGUGUGUCGCUAAAUUCGCCGGCGUUUCAUGCACAUGGAGCUAUGAUAUGCAAACGAUCCUGCAUCACAACAGCAGUGGCUCUGCCGCGUACACUGGCCGUUUGAAGAAGCGGGAGGUCCACCGCGCCAUCUCGCUACAUCCCGUUAAGGAUCACAGGCAGAUGUACAGAUUGCAUACUUAUUUUAAGAACCUCAAAAUCCAAGAUCUGCGGGAAACAUCACUAGACCUGCACAGAGAAAUCGCAUCAUCAGUGAAGGAGCUUGGAGUGGAACAGGACCAGGUAGCUGAUUACGAGCUGCCGGGGGGUGUUCCGCUGUUCCCCGCGAAGAUGGGCACACCAGGGUAUUUGGGGAAUAAUAAGAUAUUAGGUGCACCCAUAGAUCUCAACAGAUAUAAAGCAAACACAGUAGAAGACAUCAUUCCUUUCGACUACAUCAGCAAAUCUAUCUACUCCAUGAGCCACUCCAACCCCAAAAGAAGAAUCGAGAGCCCUCUGAAAGAAGCCCUUGAUGACGUCAUUAGAGAGGUAAUGGAAAUAAUAAACGCGCCAUCCCGUCAGCGCGGCCGGGUGAUCGACUUCAACGAGCUGUUAUACGGGUACACGAGGUUGCAGCCGCUGCACGGAGUGGACCAUGUUCUGGACCUGCUGCUGAAGUACAGGAGGUAUAGGGGCAGGAAGAUGACGGCAGCUGUUCGACGGCAUGCGUACUUGCAGCAGACUUUUACAGGAACUGAAAUAAGAGAACUGCCAAUGGGUGAGCCGCCGCCAUUCGAAGAACCAGAACUACUCGAGGAAAUUAACAUGAAAGAUCCUCUCGAUUACGAAGACUUCGAUGAGCCGAGUCCGCAACCAGCCGGCUUCCUCGACAAGCUUAACGUCAAAGAGGCCAUCGAAAGUGGUCUCAUGAAACUGCAGAAUAACCUCCCUAACGUAUUGAAGUGGAGUGACGAUGAUUAUGAAUAUCCCAUCUACGACAGAAGGAUACAUUUCAUCCUACCGCUUCUGGGAAGACAGGAGAUAUUCGGACGUUUCAUGAAGAACUACGAAGAUAUCGUGCUCAAUAGCAAUGAAGCUGUUAGUUUAAUAGUCGUUUUAUACUUGGAUAGCAAGAAUCCACUCGAUUACAGAAAUGCGGAAGCCUUGAUAGAUCAUUAUAAUGAUCUGUACGGGAAAGUCAUAAAAAUAGUGCACAUGGGAUCCACUACGUUCUCCAGAGGUGCAGCUUUAACAGAAGGACUCAAGGAAUGCUCAAGUGAUGAUUUAGUGUUCUUUAUAGAUGUGGAUAUGAUGUUUAACCACAUCACGCUCAGGCGCAUUAGAAUUAACACAGUGAAAUACAAUCAAGUGUACUCACCAAUAGUGUUCAGUGAAUAUAAUCCUGAUGUCGUAAACGGAGAGGAUUAUAACAAAUUCAUAGGUGAAACACUAGUGACUAAUACAGAUAUAGGUAAAUUUUUAGAUAGUGAUACUCCUAAAUCAGACAGGGAGCUAGCGGACUUGAAAUAUAGCAAAGAAAUACACGAGGAUCUAGGUUAUUUUAGGCAAUACGGUUUCGGUAUACUUAGCAUGUACAAAUGUGACUUUGAAAGGGUCGGUGGUUUCGAUUUGAAUAUCAAAGGCUGGGGUUUAGAAGAUGUACAGUUUUUCGAAACGUUAAUUAAGUCAAAUUUAACUGUGUUUAGGAUAGCAGACGAGAGCUUGGUGCAUAAAUUUCAUUCGGUGGACUGUGAUAAGAAUUUAGAAAAGAGUCAGUUUUUGAUGUGUUUGGGAACGAAGGCAUCUACUUAUGGUAGUGAUAAACACAUGACUUAUUAUAUGUUAAAUCAUCCAGAAGUGUUGUGGCCCCAGGACAGCAACGAGAAAGGUGCUAGCUAGCACAGGGUUUGAGCUAGUCUCGAUUAUAAAAUACUAUGACAAUUUUAGCAUUUACGUAAGUAUCUGUAAAGGAAUGUAUAGCAAUUGUAUAUUUUAUGACGCAGUAUUGUGAUUUUAGUUUGUUGUAUAUUGAACAAAUAUUGUUGAGAUGAAAGUUUAAUUCAAAGGUAGGUUACUUUUGCAAUUAGAUAUGGUUGUUUGGUAUUAUUAUUCUUGUUUUAUACAUGUAAAUAGAGGAACUAUAUUUUUGUAAGCAUUUAUAAAUUGUAAGAUGUAUUAUGUACAUAUUUUUCCUAUCGAAGUAGACUAAUAUUAUAAAUCUUAUUUGUAUAAUACGACGCCUUCAGAAGGCAGCUCCAUUCGAAACACUUAAUAAUAAUUUUACAUAGUGAUAUCUUUUAAAUCUAAUUUAUACUUUGUCUCUUUCUAUGGUCAAAUAUCUUAAGAUAGAAAGAGAUAGAAUGAUUUGAAUAAGCUUAAUUUUAUAAAAUGUGGUCCUCUCUUAGCUAAUUGUUGUAAAUUAUUAAAUAUUGUUGGUAAGUAUAUUUCGCCAAUAAUAAAUUUAUAAUUUAAUAACUAUUUGUAAUAAUUUCAGUCAUAGGUAUCUAUAACUUUGUCAAUCUAUUAGAGCUAGCGCGCAAGAGCAACUUUUGUCUCCGCAACUAUUUUGUCUCUCCCAUCUAUGGGCUAGUAUGAAAGUGCGUGCACGUAGCGACGCAACUCCCCAUAGAGUUGAUGGGAGAGACAAAAUAGUUGCGGAGACAAAAGUUGCUCUUGCGCGCUAGCGCCUAGCUCUAUUGUUGAUGAAAUCGAGAUUUGAUAUGAACAAUAUUUCUUUUGUUUUACUAUUUGCAUCAAACAAAGAACUGCGAAAUCCAAUUUUAAUUUGAUGGCAUGAAAAAGGAUAAAGAAAGUUAAAUUAUUUGAGCAUCGGUCAAUCCAAUUAUGCUUUAUUGCAUACUUUGGUAAGAAAUAAGUUUCAAUUGGUAGAUAACAAUUAUUGUAGUAAAUGGUUUUUAAAAUGUAACAAGCAAAAAUGAAUUAAUAUUGUUUUACUUACGACCAAACAUAUUAUAAAAGUCAUUAGACCUAUUACGAUAUUGUAUUUAAAUGAUUGUAUUGUAUAUUAUUGUAUUUAAUGAUAUCAAAAUGAACAAAACAGUUUUAGUAAAUGAUGGUAGUAGAUCCCCGCUAUUUAUUAGAAUUUAGAACUUUAGUUGUAGAACAAUAUUUGAAAUUUUAUAAUGCAAUAGUAAAUUCAUCUGCCUUGAUGUUUAUUUUGUUACUACAUAAAUAAGCAUUUAAAGUAUCAUCUAUAUGCAUACCAAUUUAGCUUAAAUCGGUUCACCUAUUUUUGCGUGCAAAGGAAACACAGACGCCAUUUUUAAAAACAUUGGAUCCUUGAUAAAAAUAAGUAGGAUGGAAUAUGGUGCGUUGUUUUCUGUCAUAAUUUAGGUAGAGUAGGUAUUUGAAGUGAAACUUCUUUAUCGAGGUUGGAAAAAAAUUUAGUGUAACAUUUUUUCAUUACGCGUGACAUUUUUCCGAUACGCGCCAUCUUUUUUUAU